AUGUCUAAGCCGGCGGUGCUCGUUAAUACUUUUGUACGCGAAAAACCUUUGGGCUAUUGCGUUGACCCUGUUUCGAAAUUUUUUAUCAUAGUCGAAACUUUAUUGGGCUUAAAUCGUCUCCUAUUAGUGGGGAAGUUAAAAACUGUAUGUGUUCUUCUAGGUUACGGUUAUUCUGCUUUAAUGGUCGUUCUGUUCAAUUACAUGACAUUCGAUUAUGAUUUGUGGGAGAAAUUUCCCGUAGCGACAACUAUCGAUAUUAUGUCGUUUCUUCUAUGCGUUGUUAUUAGUUCGGUGUUAUGGAAGCGCGUGCGCAACUAUUACAUAGAGCUGUCUCUAUUCGAUGCAGAGGUUAUGUGUGAGGUGAAACUUUCGCGAAGGUCGAUCGGAAAUUUGGUGCAGUCCUUACUUUCCUUGAUGUGUCUACUCGGUUUCUUUUUGAUAUCGUUUACCGUACCCAACUCUUUGGCUUGGCUGGGAGCUAUAGUCAUGCCGAUGAAAGUUUUGCACACCGUCGAUUUUCAUUUCACCGGCCAUUUGUUAAGCCUUCUCGUUCCUCGUCUUCAGUUAAUCAAUUAUUUCUUGGAAGAUUUAUAUCCACAGGACGAAAUAUGUAAACGAUGUCGCUUGGAUAAAGCUAUAAAGAUUAAUACGAGACAAAAGCGGGAAAUUAGCAUGAUUGUUGAUUAUUAUAAUAGAAUCAUAAAAGCAUACGACAUUUUGAAUGAUGCAAUAAAAUGGCAGUUGAAUGUUGAUGGUAUUCUCCUGAUGCUGAAUAUUUUGACAGUGAGAUUCGUCCCAAUGCUCUUGGUGUGUGUAACUGGUGAUAAUUUACAAAAGGAGGUUCUACAUUUACAGGAAUUGCUUGCGUGUCGGCUGUAUGAAGGGCGUUUAGAUAACCGUGAUCGAAGGCCCGCCCAAGCCCUCCUGACAUUGACGGAGGCACGCAAUCUGUCAUUCUCACUUUUCCACAUGUUCAACAUCGACAUAUCACUGCCAUUUAAGAUGUUUAGCCUACUUAUCACAUAUCUCAUCAUUCUGCUACAGUUUGAAAAAGUAAACAGAACAUCCUAG